AUGCCCACCCGUUACAUCACCCACCUCACCUACCUGUCCCUGCGUAGAGACAAUCUCACUCACUUUGACCCCGUCCCUGAGGACCCAGAGGACCCAGAUGAGCCGGAAGACCCAGAGGACCCCGAUGAGCCGGAAGACCCAGAGGACCCGGAUGAUCCCGAGCUGCCAGACGAGCUAGAGGAGCCAACCGAGACAGAGGGACCAAAGGUACCAUAA